AUGCCGCUGUACGGCGGCGGCGGCGGCGGCGGCGGCGGCGGCGGCAGCAACCAGGCGGAGAGCAAGGACGAUAAAGGGGAAACAGCCGAAGAGGAGGAAGGGGAGAGCGAGGUGCUGCACUUCGCGACGGUGAACGGGCAGUACCAGCCGAUCGUCCAGGCGCAGCCGGGAGAGGCGUUCCGCGUCCGGUUGAUCCACGGCGGGAACAACGACCACAUGCACGUGUCCCUCAUACCCGCAGACGCUACCGCUACCGCUACCGCCACACAAGGCACCGGCCAAGGGGAACGGCGAGAAUAUAGCACCGCCGAAGACCACAGCGGGGGGGGUAAGGCUUCAGGUGGCUGCACGCUGCUCACGCUAGCGAGAGACGGGGUCUACCUUCGCCCGGUGCCGAGGCUGCAGGGUGGGGGGGGGCACGUUGUGAUCGCGCCCGGCUCGCGCGCUGACUUGGCCGUGCGGUGCGACGAGGCGGGGGUGUAUCGGCUGGCUUCGUCGAAGGGAGGCGGCGAUGACGAGGGAGAGGAGGGCUCCAUCAGGUCGUACCUCGGGCAGGCAACCGACGUGUUUGAGGGGACGUUGGCUUUCGUGGACGUCGGGGGUGAUGCCCUGGACAUGGACCUGCCGGAGGAAUCGCCGGCCGCCGCCGGCUCUGAUCGACUGCUGCAAGACCUGCGAGACAUCCCAGAUGACGAGGUGUCUCGCUUCGUGUUCGAGUUCAACGCCGCCGAUAAGGUGCCCCACCUCGGGAACAUGUACACCUGGUACGGCGUGAACGGAGUCCAGUACACCAACGCCUCCCACGUCAUGCGCAGGGUUCCUCUCGGUUCGGUGGAAGAGUGGGUCAUCGUCAACCAGAGAAAGGGGAGGGGGGAGGGGGAGCAAGGGUGCCGCCCGCCCCCACUGCCAACACCGCCGAGACCGAAUGCGAAGGAGGAGCCGAUCGAUGCAGGCACGGGGGGUUCGCAGAAUGGAGACGACGAGGGUGGUGCGGUAGACGAGGGGGGGGGGGGGGGGAGGGUACCGGUCGGUUGUGGCAGAGGGGGCCCCGGGGAGGUAACCGCCGACGGACACCCGUUCCACCUCCACGUCAACCACUUUCAGGUGGUGGGCAGCAGCUGGGGGGGCGAUGGACCGGACUGGAGUGUGGGGGACUGGCGAGACACCAUUUCGAUACCCACACCGGGGAACGUGACGAUUCGCUGGAGAGCAGACGACUUCACCGGCGAGGCCGUUGCGCACUGCCACAUCUUCGGCCACAGCGACACGGGAAUGAUGAUGAAUUUCGAGAUUUUCGAUUCGAUUUGAUGCUGCGAGCGAGUAGAAGAGAAGUGGCUUGGUCUCAGUCUUUCUUUUCAUUUUUUUUUGUUUCUGUUCUGCUGUUCAUUGUUCUCCCGCGUUCGAGUGCGUCGCAGGUACGUGACGUUGUGCAUGACAGAAUGCCUCGUGACGACGCCCGAUGCUCUCUUUCAGCUGUGCUUGAUGUUUCACAGCUACAUGUUAUCACAAACGUCUAUAGAGGGGUUGAGUCAAAAUCCCCCAGACCAGGAGAGUCAGUGCGGAUGCUGACGUUUUUGCUCCGGUCUUAAGGCCUUUUUUGGCGUCCGUUCGUCCAUCCGUGUUGCGUCGUUCUUGGACUACGACAUUUGUGUGCUUGUUGUAUCUGCCUAUGGAAUGCUUACCCCGGGUGUGGUGCAUUUGCUACGGUAUCUUGAGAUGGGGCGGUACUGUAUGCAUAGAGAGAGCUCGCUUGCGGUGUCGGGGGGUAGACCAGGUAGUAAGAAUUGUAUGUAUGAAUGGUAGGUUUGUUUGCCGUCCUAGCUCCUCGUCGUGUUGGUGUACUACUGCUGUCAUACUGCUUUACGUCGAUAACCUUCUUCAUCGAAGAUGAAUUGAAGAAUAGUACACCUU